GUGUGUGUGUGUGUGCGUGUGUGAGUGUGCGCGCGCGCAGCCCGCAUCUCAUUUUCAGCCAAAGCUCUCUGAGCGGCCACGCACGCGCUCUCAACUUUAAAGUAGUCGGCAGUAUAAUCUGGCCAUACAGGAGAUUUCGAUCGAAGCCAGAAACAAUCUAAACAACCCGUGCAAAGCGAGGAUAGCCUAUAUUUGCCACAGGACUACACAGGCUUUCAGUAAGAUGCUAAUCCUGUGACGGUGCGAGCGGCUUGCGCGCUCCAUCCGCUCCCAGUGCGCAGGGGAUUUCCUUCCACCUGCAGAGGCAUUCCGGAUUAAGAACGCAGCUCUAAUGGCUCUAUAACACACUUCAGCCGCGUGUGUGUGUGUCCAGUGAAGCGGCAGUGGGAAAGAUGAUGGGAGAGUGUGUGUGGCGGCGUGUUGUGUCUCUGAGUCUCAGGCUGAUGCUUGUUAUUCCUGCAGGUCUGCCGGUACGGAGUCAGGGAGACGCACAAUCCGAUAAUACCGUGAUGGACAACAUCACUGUCCGACAGGGAGAGACCGUCUUCCUCAGUUGUUCUCAAGGCGAUGUCGUGACGCACACGGCCUGGCUGAACAGGUCCAGUAUACUAUACGCUGGUGAGGAUAAGUGGUCCGUGGAUCCCCGAGUCAGCCUGGUCACCCUGAACCGUGACGAGUUCACCAUUAAGAUCGAGAACAUAGACCUGAGUGACGAGGGACUGUACGUGUGCGCUGUUCAGACCAGCAGCAAGCCCAGAACCACAUCCGUCCAUAUCAUCGUGCAAGUCCCUCCAAAAAUUGUCAACUUCUCAAACAGUUUGGUGGUGAACGAAGGCUCCAACGUCACAUUGAUGUGUCUGGCUAACGGCAAACCAGAGCCUGCAAUCAGCUGGAAAAUGUUGUCCCCAAAAGCAAACGAUGACAUUGAUUCAGAAGACGAGUAUUUUGAGAUCCCCUCCAUCAGCAGACACAGGGCAGGAAUGUACGAGUGCACAGCAGCCAACGACAUCGCCAUAGACACAAAGACAGUGAAUCUGCUGGUCAACUAUCCUCCCACAAUGUUUGAAGGCAGAGAUGUGGGCGUGACUCUGGGUCACAGUGGGGUCUUGAGGUGCGAGGCAGAUGCUGUACCAGAGGCAGAUUUCGAGUGGUACCGAGAUGAUAGAAGGAUCUUCAAUGGCUUUGAUGGCAUUGAGAUUGAGGACAUUGGAUCCACGUCAAAGCUGACUUUUCACAAUGUGUCUGAGGCAGACUAUGGAAAUUAUACGUGUGUCGCCAUCAACAAACUCGGGAGUGCAAACACAAGCAUCAUUUUAUAUGAAGUAAUUGAACCCACUAGCUCGACGCUCUUGCAAGAAAUGACUUCAUCUGUUUUAGAGCAUACAGCCACUGAAUACAAUCAGUUGCGGGAAGGACCUGGUGCAGUUCAAGAUGGUAACAGCGGCACAGCAGGGACAUACACACCAGUCUGCCUCCUCCUCAUCUUCGCCCUGCAGCUGCUGCUCAAGUUUUGAUGGUGAAGAGGUUUUCGGCUGGAAUUGGUCUCAUCUCUCUCGUCACUCAUAUCAACCCCUGCAGCCACCGAUGAGAGCAGAGGGCGGGCAUGUGAUUCCCCACUACUCCUUUUUAAUAAUCAUUCCAUUUUACUUUAUAUUAGUGUUAAAUAAAUAUCUCCUAUAUUUUUACUUAUCUUUUUUUCUUUUGCCCCAGUGAAAAUAUCAUUAUUUAUACAUAGGAAACAGGCCUGUUGAGGUGAGGCUUGUCCAAUUUAUAUUUGCAUAUAAAAUUAUUUCUGUAACUGUAGUUUUAUUUAACCAAUUGUAACCUCUUCUAAAACUUUAACACCACACUUAAUAGGAGAAUAAUAUUAUUCCAAGCAAAAUGCACGUCUCCCUUUUUUUGUCAUUACAAUGACCUCAAGAAGUAAGAAUCACUGUACACUUAUUUUUAACAUUUUUUGUAAUAUAGUUUUCCAGAAAUUUGGGGUCGACAGGGCACAUCUGCUACUCCCCAUUGUAAUUUUUUUGUGGUAAUAUUUAUAAGGUUUAUUUUACAAAUGAAUACAUAUAAUGAACAAAAAACAAACAGAAUUUGGUGUAACUUUUAUUUUAAAAUGGAAAGGCAAACUGGGGAUUCUGCAGAACCAUUAAGAAACUGACUACUAACGCUUAAUUUAGUCUGCGGGAAGAGAAAAUAAUGUUUGGGAUAAUUUAAUGUAAUUUAAUGUAAUAUGAUGUACACCAAUUCAAAAUCAUUGUUUUCUUAGCUUUAUUAACAUUAUCGAGCAACAAUAGAUUUAAACUCCAAUCCCUCAUUGCUUUUUGAUUGAGUAGGGCUGCAUUCUAGGGUUUGGGGUAAAACCAUUCCAAGCGGCAGACAUUUCCAUUACACUGACCAAGAGAGCCCAAAGAGCUAUCAGCUUACACGACUGCAUUUCAGUUCUUUUCAUUUUUAAGUUGGUUUGGAGUUGUGGCGAUACAAAAGCAUUGGUAUUACCAUUACUAUUGUGGUAUCUCGAACAAAUAUUUUAUUUUUUAUGUAAACCCAUUCCUAUAUAUUUUGUGUAAUAAUGCACCUUCUUCAAUUUUUCAAUAAUUCUAUAAAAGUUCCCAUCUUGACAUAACUCAUCAUCACUAAGUUCUCUUCUCUAUAUGCAUAUUAUUUGUACAAAGGGAAAAUAUGCACCUGUUUUUACUAAAGUUGUGAACCAGUUUAAUACAAUGCAACAGACUUUUCUAUUUUACGUUGCUGCUCUGGUUGGAGUCAUGUAAUUUAUUUCAGAAAUUGCGUUUUGCAUUAGAGUAACUUCUAAAAAAAAAUUGUUUAUUGUAAAAUCUGAUAUUAAGUAGUGUGCUUUCCACAUGUUGUACUGGGCAGGAUGAAGUAAACUUGUCUAUCAUCGUCUUACCUUCAGUAUCUGAGUUUCAGAAUGGUAUUAUUGCGGAGCAGGUGUGUGGUCUGCUUAAGCAUCUAUACAUUUUAUCAUUUUUGUCUCACUGUUUUUGCCUGAAUAUUUGCUAUAUCCCCAGUCAAAGUACCUCAAAGAAAAAGCAAAACUCACAUUGUUAUUUCUAAGCACUACAGUCAGCGUGCAUGUCCAGAUUUAAAUUACAGAAAGACUUCAGUAACUGUGACUGGUGACUAAAUAUAAAAUGAAAUAAAAAAUAAAUAAAUAAGCCAAGCAAGCAAAUAAGACAGUCCUGGGCACACGGCUUGAAACAGAAGUGUAAGAAAACCAUUAUCCAUCAUUAUAAUGGUGGAUUUCAAGCACAAGGUAUAAUUAAAUUUGAAGGCGUGUGGCAUUUGUGCACUGCCUUAUGGUAGAAUUUUGUAUGUGGUUACCUAUGAAGAUAUACUGUAAAGCACUACAGGUUUGUCCUUUCCUUAUUUUUUUAUUUUUAUUUCUUUUUUUAUCAGGUUUUGGCCUAUAUAAAGAGUAGGUGCAAUAGAGUUUUCUUUCAAACCAACAGCAUCAGGAAAGCACAGAAAUCACUUCUCAAAAUUUUCCACACAUGAAAUUUCAAAGUUAAAUUGCACCUACUCUUUAAGGCCAUUUGUGACGUGUAUUUAGAAAGUGAACUUUGUAAUCUGGGUUUAUGAGCUGAGGCAUUUGGAAGAAGUGAACCUGUUACUGCACCAUGUUAUCUUCUAAAGGGGAGUUGUGCUCGUCUAUGCAUGGCCAGAGUCCACACCUUUACCAUGGAUGAGUGAAUUGGUGCAAAUUUGUUUAAAAAAUGGCACCCAACCAAGUCUUCUAAAAAAUAAUGUAUCGCUCCUCUCCUACAUGAUUCCUAGGAGAGGAUCAAAUCAAAUUAAACUCCCUGUAAUGUAAAGUAAUUGUUGCUUCAUGUUUUUCUUUAUGGAUAUUGUGUGUUCAUAUUUAAGACUUACAACAAUAAAAUGUUGUAUCUAAACAGUA